AUGUCAAAUCUACUAUGGGUCCCACGACUCAUGGUUAAAAUGCUAGGCCCUAAGCGGCGAUCCACAGGCACUGACUCCUUCUUCUCCCGCUCACAUUCCGAAACAACCCGGCAACCAGCCCCCUCGUCCACUACCGUCCACCACCACCACAACUACAGCACGCUAAACCCUCUCACUGGUAACCCAAACCCCGCUGCAGAUGCGCCGGGCCGCUACGGUGCCGACAGCCUGCCCUCACGAACAAACGGGGAGGAAUACGAGCGCCUUCGGCGGAAUUUUCGGGCGUGGGUGUGCACGUUUGUGAUUGUGAUGUGCCUAUGUGCGGUGAAUAUUUUGGCAUUGGAUGUGAUGUGGGCCAAGAAGGGCGGGUUUGGAAGGUCAACGAAUUCGACGGAGGUGGCGUUGCAGAUGAUGGGGAGUCAAAGUAGUACUAGUAGCGCAAAGAAUGCAACAAGUUCGACUCCGAAAUUUGGUGGGGCUAUCGGGGGUUGGCGGAGCGCAUUGGACAUGGGCGUCGACGGAAGAACAGCGCGAAUGGGUGCGACUGAUACCAUAUACCCCGCAAAUACAACACCACAGACAGUACCACCACUGCUCAUAUUCACAAACGAGACUACAAGAUACAGCGUGAAACACUCCAUCCAAAUCAAUCAACCCAUUCUCGCUUAUUCCACAACCACACCGGUUACUAGCGACCGGCUAGCCAACUCUCACGACUAUGCUCCUGCCACCCAAAUGUAUUGCCCGAGCCGCCGAUUAUUUCCUCCAAUCCCCACAUAG